GAGAAUGGGUGUUUUCUCAUUUUCUUUGGCUCGUUGACUAAAUGCUCACCGCGGUCCAUUCUCAUUGUCCAGUGUUUCACUUGAACUGGUCCAGCAAGUUAUCUCUGGGCUGGUGCCUCACACCGAGUCCCCAUAUCGAUCCGCCAGCUUUACCUGCCGCACGGACACUGCGUCUUUGGAGACAGUCCUCACUGUUUGCCGUCUUUCUCACUUUCAAACGAAAGUCCUCGGGCACAGCCAUGAGGUCUUCCGUCGCGUUUGUCAUUCUCCUGGUCUUCUGCGUUGGAUUUACUGGAUGUAAACCCUCGUCGCCCUGUCCGAGUGGCCAGUUUAUGCUGAAGAACCAGUGUGUCCUGUGUCAUCCCACCUGCUCCGAGUGCUACGGACACGAGCUGUUUGAAUGCACUACCUGUGGAGUUUAUGAAGACGGACAGGAACGUUUCCUCCACCAAGGUCGCUGUCGGACACACUGCCCACGGGGAUUCUAUCCUGACAGGGGUCACUAUGCCUGCCUGCCCUGCAUAGCCAAUUGUGAACUGUGCACAGAUGGCAACAUAUGUGCCAAGUGUCGAGGACAUUACAAACUUCACAAUGGGGUCUGCCAAACAGCACUCUGCGGCAUAGGGCAGGUGCAGGACCCUGAUACAGGAGAGUGCAUUGACUGUGAAAUUGGCUGCAAAACAUGUUACACAGAAGACCCAGAGAUCUGUAGCAGCUGUGUUGAAGGUUACUUCCUUUUCAGGCACCAGUGUCGCAGACAUUGUCCUCAGAGCACCUAUGAGGACAGAGGCAGGCGUGUCUGUCUCUCCUGCCCAGCACCAUGUGAAGACUGCAGGAAUAACACGCACUGCUUUGCCUGCCAGCCUGGUUACUUCCUCAACGAGGGACAAUGCAUUAAAAAGUGUCCUCAGCAAACCUUCAGCGACUCCAGCGGGUGGCGCUGUCAGUCUUGCCACAGCUCGUGCCAGACAUGCCACGGACCUCGUGCAACAGACUGCGACCUUUGUCCUGGUGGGAAUUUUCCUGUACAUGGACAGUGUCCUCACAUUAACUGCCCACAGGGACAGUAUUUUGAUGGGAAAUAUGGUGAAUGUCACACGUGCAAUGUUUCCUGUAAGACCUGUUUUGGCCCACAGGCACUGGAUUGUUCUUCUUGUUUUAAAGGAUAUUUCCUGGACCAGGACAGUUCCUGCGUAGAGCAGUGUCCACCUGGCUCAUAUGCCAACUCUGCCACUCAGCUGUGUGAGGACUGCUCUCCCAGCUGUGAGGCCUGUGUGGACACCAGUGAUAACUGCAUCAGCUGUUCCAAAGGCACCGAUAAACUUUUUCUCCACCAAGGCCGGUGCUGGUCCAAUUGCCCAGAAGGUUUCUUUGAGACAGCAGAGGGGUCGUGUGAAGCCUGUGAUAGCUCCUGUCUCACCUGUGAUGACAUCAAAUCCCAGUGUCUGUCCUGUGCUGACGGCUACUACCUGGAGAGUGGCAUGUGUAGACUCAACUGUUCGCUGGGAAUGUAUCCUGCAGAUGAUGGUACCUGCAGACGAUGUCCUCCCCACUGUGAAGUUUGCUCAGAUGACAGGACCUGCUUCCGGUGCAGUUUCCUCUACUUGAUGCUGAACGGUGAGUGUAAGGCUAGUUGUCCUGUGGGCUAUUAUGAGGACAUGGAGGAGGGCCGCUGCGGUCAGUGCCACCCUACGUGUGGCAGCUGUUCAGGGCCUUCAGCAGAUGAUUGUGAGACCUGCUCAACCUACAGCCCCAAGCUCUAUAAAGGUGUAUGCUCAAAGGAUUGCCCCGCUGGUACUUACUAUGAGACUGCAGCUAUGGAGUGUCAAGAGUGCCACCAGACUUGCCUUAGCUGCACCGGGCCGGACGCCAACGAGUGCACCCAGUGCGAGAGAGGACUUGUGUUGGAUCCAAACACGUUACUGUGUGGUGUGACGGGUGAUACGGCCUGCCCACCGGGGACCUACCUACACAACGACCAGUUCACCUGCAAGGGUUGCCACCGACACUGUCUUUCGUGUGAGGGGCCAGGCAACGAUGAAUGCCAGACCUGUGCUGUCCCCAGAUAUCUUUACAACAGCACAUGUGUUAAUAUGUGUCCUGAUGGCACGUAUACCACAAGGCAGGAAGCUGAUGGAAAGAUGUUGGGACUCUGUUUGCCUUGUGACCACGUGUGUUCCUCUUGCACUAGUGCAUCACCAAGAGAUUGCCUUACGUGUUCUCCAGGAUAUCUGCGGCUCCUUCAGCUCUGUGUCACCCAUUGUCCCACUGGGUAUUACAGGGAGGGCUCCCAGUGUCAUAAAUGUCACCAGUCCUGUGAGCUGUGUACAGGACCGGGGCCUGAGUCUUGCAGGGCAUGUUCCCCUCCUCUGCUGGAGCUGAAAGGCACCAAGCUGUGUGUCGAACGCUGCCCACACCGCUUCUAUCAGUCUAACGACAUCUGCAAAAAAUGUCAUAUCAGUUGUCAGACAUGCAUAGAUGCCUCUCCUCAGGGCUGCUUGACUUGUGACUGGGGCAGCAUGCUACAGGACAAAGUGUGCUAUCCACGCUGUAAGGAGGGACUGUACUUUUCUGAAGAGGUGGGUUAUGAUUAUGGCUGUUCAAUAUAAUGAUAUAUAUAUA